AAAAGGACUAUUUUUGAACUACCACCAAGCUUUCUGAAGCCGCCGGUGAACUAAGCAGCCGCCAUAAGCACAUACUGAUCGGUAAAAUCAUCGGAAAAACACUCCGUUUAUGUUAUUCAGGUAUGGAUAUAGCUCAUUGCCAUCUAGAUGGAAAUGCUGAUGCUGUGGAGUUUUGUCCACACGAAUCUUUUCACAAUGUUCUAGCAGCAUGUACGUAUACUUUACAAGAAGGAGAUCAACCUAGUAGAACUGGUAGUAUAUCCCUGUUUGAUGUUGAUGCUGAUUCCAGUCGCCUUAGUUUGAUACAUAGAGUACAAACAGCUGGUAUAUUUGAUAUAAAAUGGAGCCCGAUGGGUGGAAUUGUGGGGCCACUACUUGCUCAAGCUGAUGCUGAUGGUUAUGUUAGAGUUCACAAACUUGAAUCUUGUUUGGAUGAAUCACAAGUUCCUGGGAAUAGUUUACUGGAGAUAAGCGACGAACAUGUCAGUUCCUCUAUGUGCUUGUGUAUAGACUGGAAUCCGUCAGCUACAUCCCUCGCUGUGGGGCUUUCAGAUGGAUCAGUCUCAAUAAUUUCAUUCCUCGAGUCUCAGCUGAGCAUUUCCAGAGACUGGAAAGCGCAUGACUUUGAAGUUUGGGCUGCCUCUUUUGAUAUCCACCAACCACAGCUGGUGUAUACAGGUUCAGAUGACUGCAAAUUUAGUUGCUGGGAUUUGCGAGAUGAUCCCUCUAACAUAGCAUUCCAAAAUAGAAAAGUUCACACAAUGGGGAUUUGCUGCAUUGCUAAGAGUCCAAGUGACCCUUAUACCUUACUCACCGGUAGCUAUGAUGAACACCUAAGGGUAUGGGAUGUAAGAUCAACCGCAAAACCUGUACAUGAGACGUCAAUCUCCUUAGGUGGAGGGGUUUGGAGAAUUAAGUACCAUCCCUCUGUACCGGACCUAGUCUUGACUGCUUGUAUGCACAACGGAUUUGCAGUUGUCAAAGUUAAAGGUGAUCAAGCUGAAGUAGUUGAAACCUAUAAUAAGCAUGGUUCCCUGGCAUAUGGAGCAGAUUGGCAAAGAGGUCGUUUAGAGAAGAAUAAUGUCAUCGCUACUUGCUCGUUUUAUGACCAGCUCCUUCGUGUAUGGAUGCCAGAAGGUAAUAUUCCCGAAUAACCCUAUGUUCUAGGUAGAAUAUGCUUCUCUUUCAAUAGCCGCCCAAAUGACUAUAGGAUCAUCGGGCUACUCUACCCCGAUUCACCAUUUUAAACCUUUUGUAGAAGGUAUUCUCCUACCAACUAUUUCUACCUAAGGUGAAUUUGGUGUCUUUCUGAUCAGUAAUGGAAGCAAUCGUCCCAACCAUCAUAAAAUAACAGCACCCGAGUUUCCCCAUUCACAAGGACUCGAUUCUCUGUCCAAACAUAUCAUGCCAGCAGUUGUGGUUACCAUCAUAGGAACUCAAGAUAUUGGUUGCUGAUCAACCAAAGUCGAAUUCAAUUUGUUUUUAAUUUCUUGUUAACCAACAUUUUAGUUAAAUGUUUCUUCAGGUAUUAUUAUUGUUGUCCUUUUAGCAAUGUAAUUUAACUUAUACACUACACUCAUCAAAAUUGCCAACCAAUUCAUUGUUAUUCAAAUUUCAUCUGAUUUUAUACUCUCUUCUUUUACCACAUAGUUUUCUUUUAGAGAUGUGAAAAGUGACAUAAUUUAACCAAAA